GCUGUCACUUGACAGCCGCACACAUGCACACCUCUCAGCCGCCGCAGACGGAGCUGCUCACCCGCUGAUUUACGUCCAGAUAGCCGCUCCUCGGCGUUUUGCUUCAGACUGUGUGUGUGUGUGUGUGUGGGGAUGCUAGAGGACAUGACAGGAUACUCCCCUGUCAUCUCUGAGGACCGACACACGGCCGCGUAGGAGGGCUGAGCCGCGACGCUAGUCUGGAGGUAGCAUACAUGCUAACGGUGGCUAGCUGGUGAAGUCCGGCUCUGCUUUGUGCCGACCCGCUAACGAAGAUGGCUUCGGCGAGCAGCAUUGCCGCAGCUAUUGCGAGCAAAACGAAGACCAAGAAGAAGCACUUCGUCGCCCAGAAAGUGAAGCUCUUCCGUGCCAGCGACCCUCUGCUCAGCGUGCUUAUGUGGGGAGUCAACCAUUCGAUAAAUGAGUUAAGCCAUGUUCAGAUUCCCAUCAUGCUCAUGCCAGACGACUUCAAGGCCUAUUCUAAGAUCAAAGUGGACAACCACCUCUUCAACAAGGAGAAUAUGCCCAGCCAUUUCAAGUUCAAGGAGUACUGCCCUCUGGUGUUUCGAAACCUCAGAGAGAGGUUUGGCAUAGAUGAUCAGGACUUCUUGAACUCUCUGACACGCAGCGCUCCUUUGAACAGUGACGCCCAGGGACGGAGCGGGGCCCGCUUCCAUACCUCUUAUGACAAACGCUACGUCAUCAAGAUCAUCAGCAGCGAGGAUGUGGCAGAGAUGCAUAACAUACUAAAGAAAUAUCAUCAGUUCAUCGUGGAGUGCCAUGGCAACACACUGCUGCCUCAGUUUCUGGGGAUUUACCGGCUCACCGUGGAUGGAGAUGAGACCUACAUGAUUGUCACACGCAAUGUCUUCUCUCAUCGCCUUUCCGUCUACAAAAAAUAUGAUCUCAAGGGUUCCACUGUGGCAAGAGAGGCCAGCGACAAGGAGAAGGCGAAGGAGCUGCCCACCUACAAGGACAAUGACUUCAUCAAUGAUGGGCAGAAGAUCCACAUCGACGGGGAAAACAAGAAAAUGUUCCUGGAGAAGCUUAGGAAAGACGUAGAGUUCCUCGCCCAGCUGAAGCUCAUGGACUACAGUCUGCUGGUGGGGAUCCACGAUGUGGAAAGAGCCGAGCAGGAAGACGUGGAGAGCGAGGACAAUGAGCCCGAUGAGGAGGGUGAGAGUGACGGAGGAGGCAUUGGAACACCUCCAGACAGUCCCAGCAACACCUUGGACAGCACCAAGCCUCUGUCACCUGGAGAGUUUGAUCCCGCCAUUGACGUCUACGCCAUCAAAAGCAAUGAUAGUGCUCCCAGGAAGGAGGUUUACUUCAUGGCUGUCAUAGACAUCCUGCAGCAUUACGAUGCCAAGAAGAAAGCUGCACACGCCGCCAAGACUGUCAAACAUGGAGCCGGAGCGGAGAUCUCCACGGUGAACCCAGAGCAGUACUCCAAGAGGUUUUACGAUUUCAUCACCACUAUCCUGUCAUAGCCUCCAGGAGCGACAGGGGGCACAGAGGCACAUAGGAAAGGGAGGGCAAAUGGGGAGUAUGGUGUGGAAGAAAAGUGACUGAGAGAAAAGAAAAAAAAAAACAUAGAGAGGCUGAAAUAAUAAGGUGCUGUGAUGGCUAAAACCUCUCCCUCAUGCGGUCUCCUCAUACCUCCCUAUUUGUUUCUCUCUCUUUCAAUGGCGUGCCAUGCUCUGCAGCUAAAAAAAGAACCAUCAUUCGUUUACAUUUAACCUCUCCUCUGUUGACUUUUGCUCAUGUGUUACUUUUAAUGAUAAGGGUGUGGAAAGCAAGCAUCCAAGUCAUUACGUGUUUUUGAUAUAAUUUGUUUUUGUCUGUAUGGUUGUUUAUGUGGGAAUAUGGCUUUUUAUUGCAUCUUAUACAACAUCCAGCACCCUGCAUUGUUUUUUGUGAUGAAGGGAGUGUAGAGGUGAGAUUACAGCAGGUUAGGUGAGGUUCCUCUUGCAAAGCGAAGGCUUAAGUGUGAUGUAACGAGGAAAUUCAUGUUGAGCCUCGCCUAAUGCAAUUGCUUAAUAUCAGGGAGUUGGAAGACGUCUUCCAAUAGGCCAACAGCCAGACCCCCCCCCCACCAUCCAAAUGCUAUACAAGCACUUGGCCAAACAAAUAUUCCCAUUUGGGUUCCUUCUGCAUCACCCAACCUUUAGACGCCACCCCAUCCCCACCCUUUCCUUCGUGUACAGUUAAUGAAUUGUGCUUCUGGGUUAUUCUCUUGCCACACACUCACAACAACAAACACUUCUUAUUAGCUGAGAUGAGUUCACUUGUUGCAGUAAAUUUAAAUGAUGCUGCUUGUUUCUCAGUGGUUGUCAGUGCUUUGUCCCUUUUCGCUUUGUUGUAAUGCACAGAGAUUUAAGAAUGAUUAAGGGAAGGAUAUGUACCUAGAAAUUAGAAAAAGAGGGAUUUGAGCAAACGAUAAACAUUGUUAACUUACAUUUCCUCUGAAUACGUUUGGGCAUUGUUAUGUAGGCCUGGUUUCUAUACAUGUGGCAGGGAAUGACCCAGAACUUGUGUGGCUGUAGUGAAGAGUAGGUCACUCUUUGUCAUAUCUUCAUAUAGGGCGUCAGAUGGAAACAUCUACAGCCCUUAACUUUCUGUUGCCAUCAGCACCUUAUGAAAAAAAAAAUCAAAAAAUGUUGCACUUUUAUUUGUUAUUUGAGGUUUAGGAGCUCUUGUUCUGUUACUUGUGCUGCAACAAAGAGGGAAAGGAACUCUGCUCUCUAAGAAUUGAGUCUUUAGGGGCCUGAUCUCAGAUCCUGUAUCCUCCUGUCCUCCUCCUUUCUCACCUACGGGUGCACUUACUGUAGGGAUUGGUAAGGAAGACUUUACUGCAAUAUUAGACGGAAAAGUGGACGAGUUCUGUUCACAGGGCUUUUGUAAGCUAACCUACCAAUCCUUUCCAGAAGUGCUCUGGGGUGUUGGAUUGGUGGGGUCUUGGGCCAGGCAACGGUGUGAGUGUGCUUGUGCGUUCAAGGGCAGGCAGGAGACUGUUUACCUCCAGCAUCGUACCAGCACACACUUUAUGAUGGCGAACGAUGUGUGUGUGUCAGUGUUCAAAACUUGUAAAGGGGGAGAAAAGAAAGGGGAGAUUGGGAAGAGUAGCUGCGGAUGUAAAGAUGCGCGUUAAGUCAUUAACACCAACAGCAUUGUUCUCUUCUCUAACCUCGGCUGUGAGUCUGUUAUUCAUCAUUGUUUGUGUUGUUAUUGUUGACAUUUUUAAAGGUGGUUUAUCUGUUUGAAUUUGGCGGUUUUAUGAAUUAAUGUGGUAAUAAUCAUUUUGUUUCUGUUUGAGUUGUUUUUUUUGUAUAUUUUGCACAAGAGUAAAAGGAACCAAAUGUUACGAAUACGAUCCCAAUUAGUUGAUAUAGUCUUAACAAGGGAAAUGCAAUAUACUUGUGUGUAAGUGAGAAAAGUUGUGCGUGUGAUGUUGUGUAUCACUUCUGGAUAACCAACUAAAACAAGUAAAGUCGUCCUCCUUGACUAUUGUAACCCAUGCAAAAAGCUUCCAUCACAAUAUCUUUGUUCGGAGUCAUAGAUUAUAUUCACAUUUAUAUUUUUACAUUGGAUUUUAGUCAUGAAAUAUAGUUUUAUUUAAAAAAUAAAAAGAGCCACCCUUGGGAAUGAAUGAGGUGCUGUGAUAAAUGAAGAAUGAUACUGCUUGAAUUUACACAAUACUUACAAUAGAUGUACUUUAAAAAAAAAAAAAAGUCAUAAAAAAAAUUGCAUGUCACAGGACUAAGUUUCCUUUUCCCUCGCUAGUCUGUGUUGUUGGCUGUUCAGGUUCUCUUUGUGUCCCUACACUUUAACCAGAUUUGUGAGCUGUUCAGCGUAAAAAUAGUCCCUACCAUGCUUUAAAUAACUGUUUUUCAUUGUAUACACUGUGCAAGAUGUGUGCCUUUAUACUCCAAAAUUAUUUAAUUUUAUAUUUUGUAAUCUUUUUUUAAAAACAAAGGUAAAAGGUUAUUUUAAUAAUAGGGUGUGUACUUUGACAUGAUUUAUUUCAAACUUUAUUUUGAACCCCCUGCUCAACCUUCUUCCACUCCACCACCUCUGUAUUUAAAUUUGUUCAUAUUAUUCAGUCAGUUAAACAAAACCAUUCGACUGAUUGUGUUUUAACCGACAUAAAAAAAAGUGAAUAGUUGUCUUAAAUUUGAAUAUGGUGGAUGGAUUUGGAUUCUGUAAAUUCAAAUCUAUCAUUGUGAUUAUUCAGUGUGUAUGGGCGUCCCUUUUCCUCCUCAGUGAGGUGGUGUCUGCUGAUAUUAAUCCCUUGUUCGUUCACGCUGGUCCUGCCUUUAUAAAGAACGUGCGUGUGUGGAAGUGCAUUGUGGAACGUGGUUGUGUUUCGUCGUACUCGUCCUCGCUAACUGACAGCUGCCCCCAACCUCAGGAGUCUGUCGGCAUCCUCGUCACGUUUACCUUCUAACCACAGAUUUCAGGAAUGUGUUGUUGUUGUUUGUUUUGGUUUUUUUUUUUACAAGUGUUUGUCCAAAAUUUCACUUACAGUCAAUAUAAAACUCCUACUCAUUUCUCAAACAGGCUUAUGUUCUCUUGUGUAACUCUUUUGUGUAACCCAAAUCACCUGUUUUGUUUUUAGGAAGGUCAUCAGCUAAUAGUUCAUCCUGAGUCAGUGGUUAAUUGAUAUUUCAGUGUUCUUUCGAUAUUUAUGGGCUGUUUUGUUUCUAUUGUCACGUAGCUCAUACUGUACAUAGGUUGUGUCAUAAAGAAAACAGGGAAUAAGGGAAUAUAAUCUUCUUCUAGUCUGCUUUGCUCUGUUUGGCCCUGGAGGCCUCCCUGUAGUCAAAUAUCAGCAAGUAGAAAAACAGAGCAGUGCAUGCUGGGAGAGCGAUUUUUUUUUCUGUUUUGUUUUGGUAAUAUUAACUCCAGAUCUUAUGUAAGGAAGGCGAUGAUGAUGCAAGACUUAAACAGAUGCAAAUUAAUGACGAUAAUAACACAUGCGCCCUGCUGCUGUACCUUGAAUUCAAUAAGUCCUUGCUUUUGUGACUUCUCUCAUGAAUGAGCUCCUUCACCCGUAACCCCGCCCAACAGUCAACCUGCUGCCACGUUAACUUGCCAAAAGCAUCUUUCAACGGUCAGAACUACCACACAUGAGCUUGAAGAACAUUGUGUAUAGUGUAAUGUGUGUUUGUUUGAACUGAAUUUGUUCUUUGUUUUUUGUUUUUUUUACAUGCACUGGGAAAUGGAGCAAGGUGUGCAUCGCCGAUAUGUGAACAUGUCCAAAGUUAUGAGAAACAACCCCGAGUUCAUGUGGUUAAGUGUUAAGCGUGUUAAGGGAACAUUUGAUUACAAAUGCAAAUGACCGGAGACCAGGCAAGAGCUGCAGAGAUUUAAAAAAAAUCCCUUUGGGCUUCAAGAUUCAAAAUCAAGAAUUCUUUGUGGAGAAAAGAAUAUUUUAAAAUUGAUUGAAUUCUUUGAAUUUGCAUGUGCAAGUCAAGUCAACAGACACCAGGGCCCAGAAACAUGCCCGUCUGCAAAUUAGCUUUGGUCUCACAAAAGUCCCGAGUUCUUUUGGAAAACAUCUAAAAGACUUAUGCAUUGCUGUAUGAGUGUGUGUUCGUGUGUUUAUUGCUGUCUGACAAUGGUUGGUGAGAGUUCUCUUUCAGUGGCAGAGAGGUCAAAAAUGAUGAUGUAUGUUUAUUGUUCUUCACAUUUAAAGAUGGUGAUGAGAAUACACUCCAUUCCAUAAGCGUUCACUCAAACCAAUUAAAGCACUUGUUCUGCUUAACUCUA